AUGUGGGAGUUUAUCCUUCUCAUUUUUCUUCUCGGUCUAUUCAAGCUCAGUGCUGGGACGCCAUCUUCUCUUUUGGAUAACAGAACGAACAAUAAAGAAUUCGAAAUUUCAAAUGCAACUAAAUUUCUCUCUGAUCCGUAUUUCUGGCUGCCUAUUUCCAUUAUCGUUCUGUUGGUCUUGGUCUGGGGUUUGUUUCGAAAAGAGGAGUUUGUCGAUUGGGGAGAGAACGUGUACAACGGAGGAGGGUACCCGCCUAACAACUAUGCCAAUUCGGGUGCUUACGCAUUUGGUGAUUUCGAUUUCAGACCUCGUAUCUACACAAGCGUUUUGACUGCAUUUCCUGGUAGAGGGCUCUAUACGCAUGAUCUUGAUACUGCUUAG